GGAGGGAGUGUAAAUAGAGCGAAGGCGGCGGCGUGUUGACCCCGUCACCUCUCGGGCGACCCGCGAGGAACCCCCGAGAGGGAGAUGGAUGAAGAUGAGCAAGAGCAGCGGCGCAGAAAGGUGGAGGCCGGGAGAGCGAAGCUUGCUCACUUCCGACAGAGAAAAACAAAAGGUGACUGUGCGCAUCCGAAGAAAAAGACGGCGAAGAGGAAGGGCCCGGCUGUCGAUGCGCCUGUCCAGGAGGAGAGCCCGGUAGCCACCGAGGAUGGUGGACUCCUGGGAAGAGGGGACGUUUGCAAAAACACAUCCCUCAGCAACACCCCUGACGGGGCAGGAGCAGCUCAGCUGGAGGACCCCGACGGAGAGAGGACAGCGCCCUCCUCGCAGCCACAGCAGGAGCUGGACGGCGACCGUCCAGAACAGCCUGGGGUUAUCACGGAGGCCCUGGCACCCACCGGUCGGCAUUCUGUCCCUGUGGAUUUGCCUGUUCUGGACAUUUCAUAUUCGCAGAACCACACGGAAUGUGAACAAGAAUGUACACUAGAAAUUGCGCAACGGAUAAGAAGACCAGAAGAUGAGGUCGGCGCACAGGAGCAGGUGCCGGCUGAGCUUCAGGGACCCGUGGAGAGGCAGCAGGUCCAGCUGCAGACCCAGCCGGUGCCCUCGCUGGAGCUGGAGGCGCUGCGCCUGAGUCUCAGCAACAUGCACACGGCGCAGCUGGAGCUGACGCAGGCCAACCUCCAGAAGGAGAAGGAGACGGCGCUGACGGAGCUGCGGGCCAUGCUUAACGGCCGGCACGCCCAGGAGCUGGCCCUGCUGCGCAGCAGACAGCAGCAGGAGCUGGGGCUCGUCAGGGAGCAGCACGCGCGGGAGCAGGAGGCGGCGGCGCUGCGGUGCAGCCGCGAGACGGCUGAGCUGAAGGAGAAGUUACAGUCAGAAAUGGAGAAAAACGUGCGGAUAAUAGAGACCCUGAAGCAAGACUGGGAAUCCGAGAGAGGUUUAUGCCUGGAAAACCUACGCAAAGAAUUGUCUGAAAAGCAUCGGUUGGAGUUGGAGAAUUUACAGGACCAGUUUGAGAAAGAAUUGGCAGAACAGAAAGCUGAGUUGGACAAGAUUUUUCAAGCCAAAAACCAGGCUGAAACUCUGCAGUCGUGCUCCCCACUUGGUGCCUUGGGAGACUUGUGGCCUGACCCCGAACCCCUCGUGAAGACGGUGGUCGCUGCUCUCAGCUCUUUAGAGAACCUCCAAGCAUCCUACGAGGAGCUGAAGGCUCAGUCACAAGAAGAAAUCCGGCGCCUGUGGUCCCAGCUUGAGUCUGCGAGACCCGACAGACAGGACCCGAGUGAGUUAUCCGGCCAGCUCCUGGCCCGUGCACCUCACGUGGAAGGACUGGGGCACCUAAAACAAGACUUGCAGCAGCAGCAGCAGCAGCAGCAGCAGGAGAAAACCGAGCAGGACUCUGAGCUGGAACAGUUGAGGAUUUAUUUUGAGCAGAAAUUAAAGGAUGCUGAGAAAAGUUACCAAGAAGACCUGAUUCUGCUACAGCAGCGGCUACAGGAGGCAAAUGAACAGUCUUUUCUAGAAUCUGGGAACAUCAGUUCACCGAAUGCGUUUUUAGAAGAGAGGUCUGAAAAACGAAGGAGAGAGCACGUUGAUGGACCCAGCCUUCAACCUGAGUUAGAAGAAGCCCGCUGGCGCCAGCUAGCAGCGUGGAAGUCUCCUCUGGAAGUCCGGCAGGAGGUGGGCCUCGUGGGGCCACAGGCGUUGGAAGGGGAGCAGCGUGCAGGGCUCUCAGAAGGGCCUGGCGGAGAACUCGCUCGGGUGCCUCUACGUGGGGCGCAGGACACAGCCUUGGAGGUAGAGACAGAGGUGGCGGCCAGAGUCUGGAGUUUGGAAACCGAGCACAAGCUUAAACUCUCACUUCUUCAGUCGGAGCUCAGGGAGGAAAUUGAUGUCUUAAAACUAGAAAAUAGGAAUUUACACGAGAGGUUGCAGCAUGAAAUCUGCCUGAAAGAGGACUUGGAGAGGAUCAACUGUAAGUUAGUUGAAGAUCACCAGGAAGAGCUGAAGAAAGCGAAGGAGAAGAUUCAGCUAAUGAAGCAAGAAUUCAAAGAAAGAGAGGCAGAAUGGAAGGUGACAAGUGAGACUGUAAAGAGAAAAGCUGAAGAGGAAGUAACGCUGAUGCUCCUUGACCUCAGAGAACAAGCUGAAUCUGAGAAACAGUUAAUAAUAAACAAGUUUGAGCUUCGAGAAAUCAAAAUGAGGCAACUUCAGGAUCAGCAGGCGGCCCAGAUCCUGGAACUGGAGGGGUCCCUGGUGGAGCAGCAGGGCCGCCUGCGGCAGCUGGAGCUCGGGCUCGCUGGGGACGGGCUUCCGCGGUGCAGCCAGUGCGGCCGGGAGCCGGGGAGCGGUCUGGCUCCUGCGAGCAAGGACUGGGAGCGUGCUGCACUCCGCCUGCAGGAGGACUGUGCCCUCCAGCUGAUGCUGGCCCAGAACAGGUUUUUAGAAGAACGUAAAGAAAUCACAGAGAAGUUCACCGCGGAGCAGGACGCCCUCCUGCGGGAGGCCCAGGAGAAGCACGCCCGCGAGCUCCGGCUCCUCCAGGAGACACACCAGCAGCGCAUCAUGUCCUUGACGGCGGAGCUGGAGGCCCGGCAGCGGGCUCAGGCGGAGGAGCUGCGGGCCUCCGUGGAGAGUGAGCAGCGGGCUCUCUCAGAAGCCCGCCUGGCCGAACUGCACACGAAGCAUGCUGCCGCUGUCAGUGCUUUGGAGGCAAGACACUCGUCACACCUGGAUUCUCUGGAGUCCCGUCACCUGUCUGAGAUGCAGGCUGUGAGGGAGGAGCACAGGCGGGCCCUGGAGCAGCUGCAGGCACACCUCGCGGAGCAGCUGCAGAAGAAAGACGCUUCUCACUCUGUGGUGCUGACUCAGGAGCUAGAGAACGAGCCGAACCAUGGCCGGGACCUUCCGCCCGCAGAGGACGGCCUGAGGACACAGCAGAGCGCCCUCGUUCCUGGGGAGGUUGAGGCCCAGGGCCCGGUGCCUCGGGCUGAGCUGCACGGAGAGGAGGAGAAGCAGCAGCUGCCAAAGUGCCAGUCAGAAGCAUUUCUGGAGCAGCAAAUCCCGCAGCCAAAGGGUGAAUGUGAAAGUAAAAAUUCCUUACGUGAACAAGAGAAGAUACAUAGACUUGAGUGUGAGCAAGCAGAGUCUCUGUACCAGAAAGAGACAGAGUCUUUGUUUCUGCAGCUUCAGGAGAAGAAUAACCAAAUUAUGCAGCUGAAAGACCAAAUUUUAUCCUUAAGACAUGAAGUAGAAGAGUGCCAUUCAGAACUGGAGAAGCUACAGCAAAGACGUGAAAGGGAGAACCAGGAAGGCACGAAUCUCAUCUCGAUGCUGAAGUCCGACAUUGACCUCUCUGACCGCGAACGGAGAGGUCUCCGAGACGCUCUGCGGAGGCUUCUUGGGUUGUUCGGAGAGACGCUGAAGGCUGCCGUCACCCUGAAGAGCCGGAUCAGUGAACGCGUGGGGCUGUGUCUGGAGGACGAGAGCCCGCCUGAUGCGCGGCCCAGCGGCCAGGCCCUGCCUGCAGCACCGGCGCUCGAGGAGACGUGGCCCGAGGCGGCCCUGCUGGAGCUGGACAGAACUUUGCCUGAAUGUGUGGAGGGGUCUUCAGAGGCGGAGCUUAGCAGUCACAUCUGUGAAAGCUUCUUCAUGAGCCCAGAAAGUUCACUGGAGUGUGAACAGCCAGUUAGGAGGAUUUACCGGAGCCUCGGCCUGGCGGUGGACAGCCUCCUGGAGCUGGCUCUGGACUCCACCAGGCAGCUGGAGGAAGCACGUCAGAUUCAUUCUCGUUUUGAGAAAGAAUUUAGCUGUAAGAACGAGGAGACUGCGCAGGUCGUUAGAAAGCACCAGGAGUUACUGGAGCGCCUGGACGAGGAGAACGCGGCCCGGACGCGGCUGACGCUGGAGCUGCACCAGGCGCAGGGCCUCAUUGAAGGGUUCAAGGUGGAGCAGGCCAGCCUGCAGCAGGCGCUGGGCCAGAAGGAGACGGCCGAGCAGGGCCUCGCUGUCGAGCUGGAGAGCCUGAGACAACAGCUGGAGCGGGCGACCCAGCAGCAGGCCGAGCUGAGGGAGGAGAACUCCGUGCUGUGCACCCAGCAGGAGGCCCUGGCCGCCGAAGCAGGGGAGAGAGAAGCUGCUCUUCGUAGGGAAGUGGAAAGUCUAACCCAGCAGCAGCUGGAGGCCAGGAAGCAGUCUGAGAAGGAUCGCGCAGUCCUGCUCUCCCAGAUGAAGGUGUUCGAGGCUGAACUGGAGGAGCAGCUCUCUCGGCAUGAGGCGUGUGCCAAGCAGGCUGAGGAGCUGUCGGCGCUGAGGCAGCAGAUGGCGGCUCUGGACAAGCAUCUGCGGAGCCAGCGCCAGUUCAUGGACGCGCAGGCUGUCGACAGGGAACACGAGCGGGAGGAGUUCCAGCGGGAGAUCCAGAGGCUGGAGGAGCAGCUCCGGCAGGCGGCCCGGCCACGGGGCCCCGGCGGCCGUGGCCAGGAGCAGCUGGGUGAGGAGGUUGAAUUGCUACAAGAAAAGUUGAGAGAGAAAUCAGAUGGGUUUGAUGAACUGGUUAUAAAGAAAGAAUUGGCGGACAGACAAGUGUUAAUCCAGGAAGAGGAAAUAAAAUGUCUCCAGGAGACAAAUGCCAGCUGCCGAAGAGAAGCGACUGAGCUGCGGGAAGAGCUGGAGAAGCAGAGGAACAUCGUGAAAGCGUUGCAGCAGGAUAAAGAGACGUUACAGGAGCAGUGUGGAGUGCUGUCCACACUGCAGUCUAAACUCGAUGAGGGCAAAUGCCCCACCCCUCCUGCAGGCACUUGUCCCGAAGGCCCAGAAAUCCAGUUAGAGGCGGUACAAACGGCACUCCGGCAGCGGGAGAGCGAGGUUUUGGACUUAAAAGAACAAUUAGGAAAGAUUAAGGAGGACUUAGUAAGCAAGGAUGAGGAGGUGCUGCACCUGAACUUGAAGUUGGAUGCACAGAACAGCCGCGCUGCUGUCAGCCUUCGAGAACUGCAAGAGGAGAAUGCCAGCUUGAGGGCAUUUCUGCAGAACAAGGAAAAGGAGAUCAUGUGUGUGAGUGAGCAGCUCGAGGCGCAGCUGGCUGGGAUGGGAGGCAGCGCUUUCAGUGAGGUUCCCUUUGACAGAAGCUCCGAGAUAGAGGAGCUGAGAUCUGUCAUCGAGAAUUUGCGAGAGAACCAACAGCGACUGCAGAAAGAUAAGGCAGAGGAGAUGGAGCAGCUCCACGAAGUCAUCGAGAGGCUGCAGAGAGAGCUCUCCCUCGGGGGCCCCGCGCCGCUCGGAGCCCAGGUCAGCGAGCUGCCGGGCGUCCCCACGGCCGGACCCGAGGCGCUGGUGGCGUUGGCAGCGGGGGCCCCGGGGGCCCCGGGCCGCCUGCUCUCGGAGCAGGAGCGCAGGCAUGGCCAGGCCCUGGAGGCCCUGCAGCGGCGCCUGCAGGCCGCGGAGGAGGCCGCUGCACGGCGGCUGGCCGAGCUGGAGCGCAGCACAGCCCUCAGGGAGGCUGAGGUCCAGGGCAUGGCCUCCCAGAUCCGAGCUUUUGAAGACACCCUAAAAGCAAAGGAAGCGAAGAUUGCCGAGAGGGAUUUAGAAAUCGACGCUCUGAAGCAGCAGAAACUGGCCCACUCCGCCGAGCUGGAGACCAUCCUGUCCGCCUUCUCCCGCUUCCGCCGCGCCCUGGAGCAGCAGCCCCUGGCUGCUGAGGACGAGCCCCCGGAGCUGCAGCGGCUCCGAGCGCAGUGCGUCCGCCUCAGCCGCCAGCUCCAGGUGCUGAACCAGCGGUUCCUGAGGUGCCAGAAGGAGCUGGACAAACAGCAGGCGCGCGGGGCCCGCCUGCACCCUGGUGCAGAGGGCAGCUCCCAGGCACAGGGCCCCGGGGGUGAAGGGGCCUCCGGUGACAAGGACCCAGGGCAGGAUUUGGGCAGCAGGCAGCUGGGCACAGCCCCCAACAGCCACGUCGGAGACCCACAGACCGCAGUUAACAGUGAUCUGCAGCCCGCCAAAGCCCCGGUGACAUCAGACCAUCCAGGUCUGCACGGACAAGACUGUGUGACAUCAGUGCUCGCAGCCUGCCAGAGACAGCUGGAGUCUGAGCUGUUCUUGAUGAAGAGCGAAAUGCACUUGAGAAUAGACGACCGUGGCAAAGUGCCAGGAAGGAUGAAGAAUAAGGAAAAACUACUGGAAGAUUGUCAGCUGCAGAAAGUUGGUCUCAUAAGUCAGGUGAAAGAGCUUCAAGAAAAGUUGAACCGUCUGGUGUCUUCUGUGAACUUCCAAAACAGCGAGACAGAGGAUUUCAGAUUUCAGCAGCCAUUGGCAUCUUUACAUGCUUCAGAAAAUAGUUUGAGUGACAGUUCCAAUAAUGGUGAAGAACCUGACAAAUUGCCUCUCGUUGAUGUAUUGCAUGUUGAUAAAAACACGUGUGAUCUGAGUGACCUCAGUGGAAAGCAGGAUUCAUUGAUAAGAAAGGAGAUGCCAGAUGUUUCCGUGGGAGAUGAGGUAGAUUUGCAGGAUGGAUCCCUUGGUUUACAGUCGAGCUUGCACAGUGGCUCCCAUGACCUAAUGCACAGCCAGGAGCCCAGUCCCGUGAAGGCUGCACUCAGGGCAAUGGACCUGUCUUCCUGGAGCUCACCUGAGGUUGUCAGGAAGGACUCGACCCUUGAGCCUGCACCCAGCUUGCCCCUGACACCCUGCUCAGACACCCUGAGCUUGGAUGCCUCUGUGCGGGACAGGACAGGCGCCUCGCUUCAGGCUGACCAGUCGGACCUGCUUUGGUACCUGGGUGGUUCCGCAGCAGGGAAGGCCUCCAGGUGGGCAGAGUCUCCAUCGGCUGCAGACAGGGCUCCCUCCGCUGACCACCGCGUGCGGCAGACGGCCAUGGAGAAAGAUGUUGAAGAUUUUAUCGUAACAUCUCUUGAUGCUCAAGAAAAGCCCAGAUCCUCUCCUCUUGGGUUCGAAGGAAAAAACAGCAGAAGUGAUAACGGUGAUGGCUCGGGGUUUGGAGAGAUACUAAGCCAAGGUUCAGGAAGACUUGAUACUCCCACUGCAAGUCCUGCAGUGCCGCCUCCUGCCUCUGGAAGGUUCCGACAUCCGCUGAAAGCCAUGAAGGAGAAGGAAGUCCAUCCGAAACAAGUAAAGGCUUUGCUACAGAUGGUGUGUGAUGAGAGCCACCACAUACUGGCCUUGUCCGAGUGCCGUGGGGCCUCUAGCGCUCUGAGCAAGGGCGAGCCCAGUGCCCCCCUUGAGCGCUUCCCAGGGGAAGGCCCUGGCCUGUUGGAGGCAGUGCCAGCCCUGAAGAGGCAUACAAGCCCCGCACCCCUGAAGGGAGAGAAGGAGUCUCCCGACAUGUGCCUCGACUGGAGAGGAGAGUUUCUACAGAUCGUUCAGGAGGCGUUUGGAAAAGAACGGGAGAUGCUGAGGGCCGAGUUGCAGCCCCGGCCCUGCGGCUCUGACCCCGGGGACCACAGCUCCUUGCUCCAGAGGCUAGAGAAGGUGGUCCAGGAGCAGGAGAAGUCCCUGGAGCACCUUCGCCUGUCAGACCGGAGCAGCUUGCUGUCCGAGAUCCAGGCUCUGCGCGCGCAGCUGCGGAUGACGCACCUGCAGAACCAGGAGAAGCUGCAGCAGCUGUGCGUGGCACUGACCAGCGCGGAGGCCCGCGGGAGCCGGCAGGAGCACCAGCUGCGCAGGCAGGUUGAGUUAUUGGCAUAUAAGGUUGAGCAGGAAAAACGUAUAGCAAGUGACGUCCAGAAAACGCUGAAUGAAGAGCAAGAGAAAGCCAGCAGCGUUCGGAAGCUCCUGGUGGUAGAGCAGACCGUCGUCAGAGAUUUAAGAGCAGAGCUCCGCGAGUGUAAGCAGGACAACGAGAGGCUGCUGGCGUCCCUCAGCGAAGCGCAGAAGGAGGUCCUCCAGCUGAGGUCUGUGCUGGACAGCAAGGAGAACAAGCUGAAGGCCGCGCUGCGGGAGCUGGAGACGGAGCGCGGGAAGGAGCGCGCCCUGCAGAGCCGGCUGGAGGAGGAGCAGCUGCAGCACCUGCAGAGGGAGGGCCAGAGCUCCAAGACCCUGGAGGAGUUAAGGGUCUCUUUGGAGAAGCAGCACGCCCAGAGUAACCAACUGUGUGUGGCGCUGAAGCACGAGCAGACGGCAAAGGACAACCUUCAGAAGGAGCUGCAGAUCGAGGCCUCGCGCUGCGAGGCGCUGCUGGCGCAGGAGCGGAGCCAGUUGUCCGAGCUGCGGCACAGCCUGGAGGCCGAGAAGGGCCGGUCGCUGGAGCUGGCGGCGGCCCUGCGCCACGAACGCCUCCUGACGGAGCAGCUGAGCAGCCGAGCGCAGGAGGCCCCCGCGCCCCGCGCUCUGCUCCGGAAGCUGAAGGAUGAGAAGUCCCGCGCGGCAGAGCUGCAGGCGAGGCUGGAGCAGGCGCAGCGGCAGCUGGCGGCCGAGGUGCAGAAGCAGCGUGAGGAGAUCGAGAGGGAGAAGGAGCGAGAAUUAGAACUGCGGCGCCAGCGUGACGAACACAAGAUCCGGCAGCUCCAGCGGACGGUUCGGGACCUGGAGGCGAAGGAGGGGGCCCACCAGCGCCAGUGCCCCGAGUCGGCGCGGCUGCAGGAGCAGCGCCUUGGCCUGGAGAAGGUCCGGCAGCAGCUGCUCUGGGCCGCCGGGCUCCUGACCAGCUUCGUCAGCCGGACGGUGGACAGGACAAUUAGCAAUUGGACGUCAUCAAAUGAGAAAGCAGUGACAUCCUUACUGCACACGUUAGAAGAACUCAAGUCUGAGCUGAGUGCGCCCAGCUCUUCCCAGAAAAAAGUGCCAGCGGAGCUGCAGGUGCAGCUGGUGGAUGUCCUGCUGAAAGACAACGACUCCCUCACGAGAGCUCUGCGCACGGUGACCCAGGAGAAGGCAGAGCUGCGCCGGGCGCUGUCCCAGCUGGAGACACCCCUGAAGCACCACCUGCCCAAGGGCCGUGUGCGGAGCAGGCCGGACAGGUCUUCGUGGAGGCAGCACGGGGCAGCCUCGCAGAGCUCACUGCAACAGCCCGACACGGGCUUGCCCACGCCCGCCGCAAGCAAGGAAGCAAACGCCUGCGGCACACAGAUGGAAAAAUUGUACCUGCAUUAUUUGAGAGCAGAAAGCUUCAGAAAGGCUCUGAUUUAUCAAAAGAAGUAUCUUUUACUAUUGAUUGGUGGGUUCCAGGACUCUGAACAAGAAACGCUCUCCAUGAUUGCCCAUUUGGGAGUAUUUCCUUCCAAAGCAGAUAAGAAAAUGAGCACAUCUCGCCCUUUCACCAAAUUCCGAACCGCCGUCAGGGUUGUGAUCGCGAUACUAAGACUACGCUUUUUGGUUAAGAAGUGGCAAGAAGUAGAUCGGAAAGGAGCUGUUGUGCAAGGCCGAGCGGCCCGCCCAGUGGGGGAAGGAAUCCCGGUGCCACGGCAGCAGCUUCCGCACAAAACCAGCACAUCCCCACCAACCCGGGAUGCGUCCUCUGGCCACACCAGGGACCCUGUGCCAACAGCCUCCCCGUGCAGGAGGGAGAGAUCCGCUCCAUCCUCAAAUUCAAAGUCAGAAGGAUCCCUGAGUGCUUCUCAAGACCCUGAACGUUCGUUGACGGAAUAUAUUCAUCAUUUAGAGAUGAUCCAGCAAAGACUGGGCGGGGCACCUCCAGAUUCUACUUCAAAGAAAUCCUGCCACCAGAAAAUUAAACAAUGAAUAAAAUCCUUGCGGCUUUUACCUACGACAGUUCUAUCUGAGGAAAAGAUUGGUGGUUUUCCUUUUUCUAAGGAAAGCUUGUGGCAUGGCGUCUGGGCAGCGCCCAGUCUCGUCUUGUGCCUGCGAUGCCAGCCCCUAGUGCGGCUCGUCAUUCUCACCCUUUUGCAAUGCUGCAGAGCCCGAUGGGGUACAUUCUGCGUACUUUCAGUACCUGUUAGUUCCUUACCUUUCCGGGAUGACUAGUGCGCUUGUGAGUGACCAGCACCUGCCCUGCUCCAGGCACGUUGGCAGACUUUCCCCGCCCGCCUCCAAGCAGGAAGCAGAGACUGGCCUCCUGUUGUUUAUAUUCUUAAAGUGUACAGAUGGGAACUUGGUUUAAAAGCAAAAACCAAAACGAAUAAAAGUCCCGCACUAUUUUAUUUGUGAA